UAUUCAGUUGAUUGUUCACGGUGGUAGCAAGUAGUUCCUCGUUGCUGUAGUUCCCUCGGAAUCCCCCCACACGAGUAGGAACUAUCCCAGACGAAAGUAUCAAUUUGUUGCACUUUGGUCGCAUCAGAAGGCACGGAAAGGUGUGAAAAAUGCGGUUCGUUGUGGUGCUAUGCUGCCUGAUGGGCACUGCUUUUGCUGGCGAGUUGGUUAAGCGUGAAGCUCCACUCCCAUCUAGCAGUUACGGUGCUCCUUCUUCGGGAGGACAUUCAGGAGGAUAUUCUGGAGGCCACUCUGGAGGACAUUCAGGAGGUCAUUCGGGUGGACACUCUGGUGGAUUCGGUGGUGGAUUCGGUGGUGGUAUUUCGGGAUCAUAUGGACCACCAGCUCCUCCAUCAAAUUCCUAUGGACCUCCUCCAUCUAGCUCUUACGGCCCACCAUCCCGUCCAUCUCCUAGCUAUGGACCCCCACCAUCUAGGCCCUCUCCUAGCUAUGGACCCCCACCGUCUGCCCCAGCUCCAAGCUACGGACCCCCACCAUCUCGUCCAUCCCCAAGCUAUGGACCCCCACCAUCUCCCAGCUAUGGACCUCCACCAUCUAGGCCUUCCCCAAGCUACGGACCUCCACCAUCAAGGCCAUCUUCUAGCUAUGGACCCCCACCAUCCAGGCCAUCCAGCAGCUACGGACCCCCACCAUCAAGGCCUUCAUCUAGCUAUGGACCCCCUGCCACUUCAUACGGAGUUCCAGCUGCUCCCUCAUCUUCCUAUGGUGCCCCUAGCUUCGGCGGCGGCUCAUCUCAUGGCUCUCACGGUGGUGGUUUCGGAGGUGGCUCAUCUCACAGCUUCGGCGGUAGCUUUGGUGGAUCUUCCCAUGGCGGUAGCUUCGGUGGUGGAUCAUCUCACGGUUUCGGUGGUGGUCUUUCUUCCUCAUAUGGUGCCCCAGCUCCCCCAUCAUCUUCCUACGGAGCCCCAGCUGCCCCAUCAUCUUCCUACGGACCACCAUCUUCUAGCUAUGGUGCCCCUGCUCCUCCAUCCUCCUCGUACGGAGCUCCCAGCUUCGGAGGAUCACACGGUGGAUCACACGGUGGAUCCCACGGUGGAUCCCAUGGUGGUAGCUCCCAUGGAAGCUCUCAUUCCUUCGGUGGAAGCAGCAGCUUCGGACACAGUGCUCCCUCUUCAUCCUACGGAGCCCCAUCUCCACCAUCUUCUAGCUAUGGUGCCCCACCAUCCUCAAGCUACGGUGCCCCAUCUGGAGGCUACAGUGGUGGUAGCUUCGGUGGAUCAUCUCAUGGUGGCAGUUUCGGUGGAUCAUCUCAUGGCGGCGGCUUCGGUGGAUCAUCCCAUGGCGGUAGCUUCGGUGGUGGAUACUCCUCAGGUGGACACAGCUCUGUGCCCGAAACAAUUCCCCAAAGCUAUUCCUCAAACGGAGGCUACAGUUACUAAAGUACCCCGUGCGUUUGUCCUGGCGCUUCUUGUGAUCCUGUUCCUGGGACCAGGGCCGCCCUUGAAAGUCGACCAAACCCAGAUUGCAAUGUGAAAUGUGCCUGAAAUUUUCAUCUUCCAUGCCCAUGUCUAUUGUUUCUAGUGUAAAUUAUUUAAUUUUUCUUGUUUUCUCGUGUGUUAUAUUAUUAAUUUGUAUAGCCAAGUAAGUGCCUCACUUCAAGCAUUCGUCGUCUCCCUCAUUCUUCUUCUCCAAAAAAAUGCACAAAGAUUGUAAAAAAGAAAAGAAAAUUAAUUCCAAUUGCAAGUCCAUCUGUUAGCGGCUCAGAGACACAACGUCACCCACAUCUUCGAAUUGAAAAAUACUCAAAACCUCUUGUGUUUUUUUUUGUAUUCAACUUGAAUAUGGUUAUUUUGUAAUGAAUUCUCAAGAUGUUUUCAAGCCAAUAAAAAGAAAAUACAAGUGUUUUUUCAAACAUUAUUA